AUGUCGAACACGGCAUGUCAAUGCGCACGUAGGACAACACAAGCCAUGAAGAUGCAUCAUCCCAAGCGAGGUGAUCGAAGGAGCGUGAUCGUGACCCCGGGAUACCGGUCAGCCCCGGCCUCUCGCCAUCAUCGUCGUGCACCUCGCCCGCAGGGGCGAAACCUAGACUCGCACAGCGGUCAGCGACCCAGCAACAUGCACACCUCACCCGUUUGCACGUCGGCCACGGUGAGCCCCGACCUACCCGCCGAGCUGAUAAGCGCGAUCAUCGAGCAGCUGUACUACGACGAGGACGGCAACCCCGACCGCCGUGCGCUCUACGCGUGCUCCCUCGUCUCUGCCUCAUGGACCGGCCCAGCGCAGAGGCUGCUCUUCCAUACCGCGCGACUGCACGGCCCGCACGCAUUGGCCUUCCUGCAUGCCAUCCAUCCCGCCCGCCCGUCGGGCACUCGCCUGGGCGAGCACGUCCGCAGGCUCGAGGUGCGUAUUGGGACGGGCCCGGGCAGCGGCAGCCCCACAUCUCCAGACGCCACGAGCCUCCGGCCGACCGAGUUCCUCACCCUGCUGGACCAUUGCCCCCGCCUGUACGAACUCAUCCUUCGGGCGUACAAUGUCCACGCCUUCGAAGAGCCCCUCACCAGAGCCCUCGGCGCGCUUGCGUCUGAUCCUGCCCGUACUCCCCUGCGCGCACUCAGCCUUCUCCGCGCGGGCGUCCAGUCGCCGCUUCUGUACCAGCUCCUCGCCGUGUUCCCGUCUGUCCGCUUCCUCCGCCUCGGCUCCGAGAUGGCCGCCCCGCUCCCGAAGAGCCCUGCCAGCGUCGCGCUCACGGAGCUCGUCCUGUACCGCCUCCCAAGCCCCAGAAUCCUCAGCUGGCUGCUCGCCUCGUCCCUCUCCACGCUCGCGAUCCUAGACUUGCGCGACGCGCCCGAUGUGCAGCUCACCGAGAUCCUCGCACCCCACGGGCCGCGCCUGCGCUCUCUCCGUCUGCUGCGCUACAACGCGCGGGGGGCGGCGCUCAUCCGCCUGUGUCCCGCGCUCGAGGAACUCGUGCUGUUCCAGUUGUCGACCUUCCUCCCGCUCGCGAACCUGCCACAGACGCUGGAACACCUGAGCUUCCGCGACUUUUCAUGGACCUCGAACCCGAGCCUACAGACGAUCAUCGCGGCGAUCGAGACACUGCCGAGACUGCGCCUCUUGACGUGCGACGCGAAUGCGAAGCAGCAUGACGACUUUCCCGCGCUGCGGCGCAAGUGCGAAAAGAAGGGAGUCGCGUUGAGGACGGAUGCGCUGCCGAUACGCACGUUUGAAGACGCGGUGCCGGUAAAACGCUUCCCCAGACGCAAGUCGAUAUCCAACUUUCCGCUGAUGAAUGAAAGGGUUGGAGCGGCGGACCAAUUGAUGCAGAGCUAG